UAUACUCCACCAUUGCAAUCAAAAGAACCCAGGCUGAAUUCACAGCGACCAGACCCACAGGAACCGGCUUAAUCAAGGUCACAGAGCCCAAGCAGCGGUGGCAACAGCAAGUAGUUUUUGUGUCAGCAAUAAGGCGCUGUCCACGGAUGUGUGCUGCUGAACCCACCGUCCUUUCUGUCUACACUGUGAAUAUUCUGCUUUACACUGGAAGAAGCGGAUAGAUCACAGCUCUUGCAAUUCACAGCAAAUCUUUAAUAUAUUUUUUAAUACAAUUUUUACUCAUAGUAUGAGCUCUCUCUCUUAUAUGCCCAUCAAUAUAUUGCUUGUUUGUGUUCGUUUUUCUGCGCGUUCUCUGCUUGUAACACAGGUUUACACGGUUGUCAGCUCUGUCUCUUUCCCAUCCUAGCCUAUUAAUUGCAUUGAUUUUUUUUUAUUGGUUUCCGACAAUUCUAGCCUAGCGUUGCUCGUCUUAUAUAAUUUCCACCCCAUUUUCAGGUAUCCAUUUAUAUAUCCCCUCAUAAUCAAUCCCAGUUUGUAAGAGACAAGGAGAAAUUUAAACAAAAGCCAUGGAAGAAGAGCUAAAAUGUCCGGUGUGUGGUUCUUUCUUUCGGGAGCCCCUGAUCUUGCCCUGCUCACAUAAUGUCUGCCUGCCCUGUGCGCGGACCAUCGUAGUGCAGACUCCAGAGACUGAGCAUCUACCUCAUACUGCCCGCCCCAUGUUGCUGAUGGGACCAGAUUAUGACUACCCGGAUCACCUGGACAAGAUGAGCCUCCAUAGCGAGGCCGACAGUGGAUAUGGCUCUUACACUCCCAGUCUUAAAUCUCCAAAUGGCGUGAGGGUUCUACCCCCUGCUCCUGCCCCUUCUCUGUCUGCUUCCUCUGCGGCAUCAUCCAGAAGUAUGCAUGGACCCAUAUGCAGCUCUUCAUCCAUCACUUGCCCACAGUGCCACCGUAGCGCAUCUCUAGAUGAAAGGGGACUGCGUGGAUUUCAGCGCAACCGGUUGCUAGAGACUAUAGUACAGAGAUACCAACAAGAGCGCAACAUGAUAUCAGGUGCUGAAGGCACUAAUGGCUCAGAGUCAGGUGCUGGGAAUGUGGUACCCCUUGCCAGGUGCCAGCUCUGUGAUACCAACCCAGCCGAGGCUGCUGUAAUGUGCGAACAAUGCGAUGUCCUUUAUUGUUCCUCUUGUCAGAAGAAGUGCCAUCCUACCAGAGGACCCUUUGCGAAGCACAGGUUGGUGCCUCCGUCCCAGCUGGCUUCUUCCAAAUCUGGUAGCAGCAACCCAGGCUGCACAGCAUUAGUGCCACCUAACACUGCACGCAGGUUUGCCACCUGUGCGGAUCAUGAGCUGGAGAAUUACAGCAUGUACUGUGUGAACUGCAGGACUCCUGUAUGUUACCAGUGUCUGCAAGAAGGAAAGCAUGCUAAGCAUGAAAUUAAAGCCCUUGGCAUUAUGUGGAAGCAGCACAAGGCACAGCUAUCUCAGGCUUUAAGUGGGGUUUCUGAUAAAGCAAAAGAAGCCAAAGAAUUUUUGGUACAACUAAAGAAUAUACUGCAGCAAAUUCAGGAAAACGGUUUGGAGUAUGAAGCCUGCUUGGUUGCUCAAUGUGAUGCGUUAGUUGAUGCAUUAAAUCGCCAGAAAGCAAAAUUACUAACCAAAGUCACUAAAGAAAGAGAGCAUAAAUUCAAAGUUGUCUGGGACCAGAUAAACCACUGUACACUAAAGCUACGACAGUCAACAGGGCUGAUGGAAUACUGUCUUGAAGUAAUCAAGGAGAAUGAUCCGUCUGGUUUCUUACAGAUUUCAGAUGCUUUGAUCAAGCGGGUGCAAGGAUCGCAAGAACAGUGGGUGAAAGGAGCUCUUGAACCAAAAGUGUCCCCGGAAUUUGAUCUCACUUUGGACAGUGAUCCUUUACUGCAAGCUAUUCACCAGCUGGAUUUUAUUCAGAUGAAAUGUAAGGUUUCCAUUACAGUGCCUCCAAUGCCACUACUACAGCUGGAGAAAUGCUGCACUAGAAAUAACAGUGUGACACUUGCCUGGAGGAUGCCACCGUUUGCCCACAACCCUGUUGAAGGUUAUAUCUUGGAGCUUGAUGAUGGAGAUGGUGGUCCAUUUCGGGAAGUUUAUGUCGGUAAAGAAACUUUAUGUACAAUUGAUGGACUUCACUUUAACAGCACUUACAAUGCAAGAGUCAAGGGCUUUAAUUCCACAGGACUUGGGCCAUAUAGCAAGACAGUUAUUUUACAGACUUCUGAUGUGGCUUUCUUUACAUUUGACUCUAACACAGCACAUCGGGACAUUGUAUUGUCCAAUGACAAUAUGACAGCUUCUUGUAGCAGUUAUGAUGAUCGCGUGGUAUUGGGAACAGCUGCAUUCUCCAAAGGAGUUCAUUACUGGGAAAUCCAGGUUGACCGAUAUGACAAUCAUCCUGAUCCAGCCUUUGGUGUUGCACGUAUUAAUGUGAUGAAAGACAUGAUGCUGGGGAAAGAUGAUAAGGCCUGGGCAAUGUAUGUUGACAAUAAUCGGAGUUGGUUUAUGCACUGUAAUUCUCAUACAAACAGAACGGAAGGUGGUGUGUGCAACGGAACUACAGUAGGCAUCCUCUUGGAUCUUGGAAAAGGUAUUCUGAUAUUUCAUAUAAAUGGGAAGCAGCAGGGUCCCAUAGCCUUUGAGAAUAUUGAAGGUGUAUUCAUGCCAGCAAUAAGCCUCAAUAGAAAUGUUCAGGUGACCCUUCACACAGGAUUAGAAGUUCCAAUGAUCUUCAGGCCAACAAAGCCAACAAAUUGAGUCUAGCCAAUGAAGACUGGAUAAUCUGUUAAUAGUCUACUCUCUUUUUGUAACAUGGAUGCCACCAUUAUCAACAGAAGGGGAAACAAAAUGUUUGUAACCUAUGUCAUAAAACACGGUCACUGUGUCCUCACAAUAUGUAUCUUUUCAUUGUAGGUUAAUGCAGGUUUUGUUUUAAAAUUGCAAUUGAACUUUCCCAUCUCUGAUCUGAAAAUCUGAUCAGUAAAAUUUGUAUAUCAAACAACCCCUACUUUUUGCUCUUAAAAUGUAAAGGCAUACCACUAAUAGAAUAUUGUAUGGUUUACACUAC